AUGUCCGGCGCCAUCGACUCCAUAGCUACAGGCUCGCAGUUCUUCCCAGAAGACGUACAUCUGUCGCGCUACCCCGGUCGCCAAUCUCGAAUCCCCGAAGAAUGGCAUCCCUCCUCCCUCCGUCCUGGCCGACGCGAUAGCGAUACCCCCUCCGCAACAUCCACCGACUCUGCACCCGCCGAAACCGACCUUUCAAACUACCCAAAUGGCAGCAAAUCGCUUUCUGGCAUAUCAUUACGCGCAUUUCUCCUUGGCACAUCCCUCGGCCUUGCAAGCGCUGUGACGCUUUUCCUCACCAUCUUUACAAACACAGGUUUCUGGCGUGUACCCUUCUUCAUCGCCUCCCUGAGCCUCUUCCAUUUCCUCGAAUUCUACGUCACAGCAACAUACAAUACAAGUGCGGCAGAUGUGACCGCAUUCUUGUUAUCAAGUAAUGGAUGGGCAUAUAAUGUCGCCCACGGCGCAGCCAUGGUGGAAUGUAUUGUCGCGCACUACUUCUGGCCUGGCCAAUCUGCCCUCGGCAAAAUGAUUGCUGUGACGGUGCCAUUUUAUGGACCGGCCGUCUCGCCCCUUCUGAUUCUGGGAUUGGGUCUUGUAUUGCUGGGCCAGGUCGUCAGGACUUUUGCGAUGGCGCAGGCGGCAAGUAACUUUAAUCAUCAUGUGCAGUCGGAGCAUAGGCAGGGCCAUGUGCUUGUUACGCAUGGACUGUAUCAGUUUCUUCGGCAUCCGAGCUAUUUUGGGUUCUUUUGGUGGGGUCUUGGGACACAGUUGGUGCUGGGCAAUGUAGUAUGUUUUGUUGGGUAUUCGCUGGUUUUGUGGAAGUUCUUUUACACAAGAAUCGAACGCGAAGAGGCAUUUUUAAUCCGAUUCUUUGGAGCUGAAUAUGUGCAGUUCAAGGAGAAGACUCCCGUUGGCAUACCUUUCAUUCGUUGA